AUGACAAACACACGCUCCAAACCAGGACUUGGAUUAGUUGAAGGUGAAGAAUCGUAAGUUAUAAAUUGUGGUUGUGCAUGCAUUGCUGGAAAACUGAUGUUGGAAAAAAAUACUUUCCUUUCGAAGAGAUCAAUUCUGCGCCUUAGAGUCAAUGUGAAUUGUGCAUGUCUAUUAUUAGAAUGAUGCUGCUGGUGCUGCUGCUGAUGAUGAUGAUGAUUGUGAUACCCAUGCAGAUCAUUUGAAAGCACCAGAAGCAUUAGUGGCAACUCAGGGGAAUCUCCUCAUAGUGAUAAAGGAUUGGCAAGUGUCUCUCAGAGAGGAAUGGAUGACAUGGGAGAGUCUAUGAUGAUGACUCCUGAGGAAAAACUUACACAGUAUGACAGCAGGGCCCAAGCCUUUGCAGACACUCAACAGGUAGGCCUAUAAAGGUUUUUCAGUUGCUUUCCAUACUGACACCUGCAUGCAAUGGGGUGAGGUGGAUAGUACUAUAACCAGAGAUACCUGCAAAGUGUGUGAACGUGGUCUUAACCUUCUGUAGAUGUCAUAGUCACUGUCAAGUUCAGGAAUUGUAUCAUUCUCGUAUCAAAGGUAUAAUGCAUGUACAGUACCACUCAGCAUAAAGGCUUUUUUCAGUACUGCACCUUGUUGGUCCUGUACGUCAACAAUAAUGAAAUGUUUGUCCGGACAGUUUGAUGCUUGUAUCCAGGACGUUGUCCGCUGUGUGGCUCUUACAAGACUGGUGUACGGAGAUGGGCACCUGAAACUAGCCCAAGCCCAUGUCAGACUGGCUAAAGCAUACCUACAGUUUAAAGGUGAAUUAUGUUGUCAUUAGCCUUGACAAUGAGGUACCAUUUAUAAAGAGUUUAUAACGGUUAAUAUUGUAUAUAUUAAUACCUUACCAAAUCUUGGAAUGACCGGUGUGUUGUCUCUGAUUCCCCCAGGCUGGGCAGUGCAGGCCCAGGAGCACUCAGCCAGAGCCAGUGACCUGCUCCCCUUCUGCACCCCCAGCUCCACCAGCCGGGAAGACAGGGUCCACAUCCUCACC